UAAAAAUGGAUAAAUUAGAAAUACCGACAACUUCGUCUAAACAAGAAAAAGGAAAGGACGAACUAAUUUACGAAUACUCGAUGAAAAGGAAAGAGUUUGGUAAGCAGUAUUUUUUCGAAGAUCACGGUCCGGAAGUGUUGUGCGAUAUACAAUGUAACCCGGCCCUUUAUCAAAACUACAUAUUAAGGAAUCCAGUGCAUGUGGCUAUACAAAAUACUGGUACUAUGUCCGAACAUUGGGUGAACUCAGUAAGAGCGGAAUAUACAACGUCAGGUAUAAACCAUAUCGAAGGCGGCUGGCCCAAAGAUAUUAACAUGAAUGACCCAGAGGCUACGCAGAGGUACCGGCGUAAAAUAGAGAAAGACGAUGCCUAUAUCCAUGCUGUUAUGAAUCUUGGUCAUAGCAUGGAGCACAAUAUUCUUCAAAACAACGCGGUGGAUAUGUACCAAAUAUACUACUCGGAACUACCCGCAAUUCCGCCAGUGGAGCGUAGCAGCUGCCAUACAGUAAACGUGUAUCGUGAGCCCGGAACUAGGCGACCAGUACGUUCAUUGUCUUGGCAAGCCGAUGGAGGCGCCCGAUUGGCAACGACUCAUGCCGAUGUAGACCUCGUUAAAACUGUGAGAAGCCAACAAUUCUCUUACAUUUGGGACAUAGAAAAUGCUAAUGCACCAGAGCUGAUAGUAAAACCGCCACACCCGCUGCUAGAUUUCCAGUACAACCCUCGAGAUCAACAUACACUCGUUGGUGGAAUGAUGAAUGGGCAGGUGGGGUGGUGGGAUAUGCGUAAAGGUGGAGAACCAGCAGGCAUUUGUCCACCACAUGUUGCACACCGAGAUCUCGUUCGUAAUGUUCUUUUUAUCAACUCCAAAACUGGCGCUGAAUUCUUCUCUUCUUCUCCUGACGGUGUCGUAAAAUGGUGGGAUACCCGAAAUAUGAACGAACCAACCGAUUCGAUGAUAAUAGAUCUCGUCAAAUUACCGACAGAUACACAAAGCAUCGACAACGCACUUGGGAUAUCCGCGCUUGAAUACGAGCCAACAAUACCUACAAGAUUUAUGGUUGGAACUGAAACAGGCUUAGUUAUCGGAGGAAAUCGGAAAGGCAAGAAUCCUAUAGAAAAGCUUCCGACUAAGUAUGAAGCUCAUUUGGGCCCAGUAUACGCACUACAGAGAAACCCAACAUUUUUGAAGAAUUUCUUGACUGUGGGGGAUUGGACAGCUCGAGUUUGGAGUGAGGAUUGCCGUGAGUCAUCUAUACUGUGGACAUACUCACAUCGUACAAAACUCACGGAUGGUGCUUGGAACCCAAUAAGAUUUUCUCUAAUGCUAGUAACGCAGUGGGAUGGUUGUUUAUCAUGCUGGGACUUGCUGCGCAGACGUAGCGCGCCAAUUGUAACUGCACAACUAUGUGAUGAACCACUACUGCGUUUAAGACCUCAUGAAGGGGGUCUGCUGGUAGCAUGUGGUAGUAGCAAAGGGACUGUAUAUUUAGCAGAACUUUCCCAAAAUCUUGGAACAGCGGACAAAAAUGACAAGCAAUUAUUAACUCACAUCUUAGAGCGAGAGAACAAACGAGAGCGUAUAUUAGAAGCUAGAGCAAGAGAGUUGCGCUUGCGCAUGCGUCAGGAUCGUGACGGAGGUCAACAAAUGGGAGACAACGAUCCUACCAGCAACGACAGGGACCUUGAAGAAGCUACGGCGGAGUACGUACAAUCUGUCAAUGAACUACAAGCUCUACAGAAAGGACAAGAUAAAGCUUAGGCUGAUCUCAUGAGAUCUAAUUAAACAAAAAGGAAAGUUGAAGAAAUUUUACUCGUGGAUACAACAGUGGUUUAUCGCGGUGAUCUCCACGGGCCUGGAAGGAAUAAUUUCUUACUAGCAUUGUUAAUAGAAACCAAUAGCCAAUC